GUCUUCGGGUGCGCGUGCGCGGUGGUGCCCCUUUGCUUUCGACUAUAUAGGCGGCGGCGGCCGGAGCUGGGUUGACACUGAGCGGAAAGAGCUGGAAGGCGAGGGUUGGAGGGACGCUAAUUGACGGCAAGACUUUUGAAAACUCUUGAAAAAUGGAAGCUGUUGUUCGCCGCUGCCCCUUCCUGUCAAGGGUAUCCCAGGCUUUCCUGCAAAAGGCUGGCAAAUCCCUUCUUUUCUAUGCCCAAAACUGCCCUAAAAUGAUGGAAGUUGCGACUAAGCCUGCUUCACGUGCCCUGAGUACUUCAUCUGCUCACUGUCAGCAAACUGAAGAAACCACUUCUACUAGUGAGAAGGCCAAAAAUUCACCAGAUGUGGCCCAACGAAACAUAAGCAGAUCCCAACUUCCAUUGAGCCACCCACCUGCCGCUAGCCAGAGUGCUAGCCAAGCCACUGUGACUAAAUGCCCAUUCUUGGCAGCUCAGAUGAACGAAGGGAACAGCAGUGUUUUCCGCAAAGCUAGCCUGGAACUCCAGGAGGAUGUGGAAGAAAUGCAAGCAGUAAGAAAAGAAUUUGCCAAAACACCAGAAAGUACUGUUGCGGUAAACACUAAGAUGGAUGGGGGAAAGCCAAAUGAUGGCUUGCUGAAGAAAUUCCAAGAUAUGAUGUUGAAACAGAGACCAGAAAGGGUGUCUCAUCUGCUUCAGGAGAACUUACCGAAAUCUGUUUCUACUUUCCAGUAUGAUCAGUUCUUUGAGAAACAAAUUGAUGAGAAAAGAAAAGAUCAUACAUACCGUGUGUUCAAAACUGUGAACCGAAGAGCCCAGGUUUUUCCCAUGGCAGAUGACUAUUCAGAAUCCCAUAGCAGCAAGAAAGAGGUGUCUGUCUGGUGCAGCAAUGAUUAUCUUGGGAUGAGUCGUCAUCCUAGAGUUUGUGGAGCUGUUAUGGAAACACUGAAACAGCAUGGUGCGGGAGCAGGAGGCACCAGGAAUAUAUCAGGAACCAGUAAAUUCCAUGUUGAUCUUGAGAAAGAAUUGGCUGAUCUCCAUGGAAAAGAUGCUGCUCUGUUGUUCUCUUCUUGCUUUGUAGCAAAUGAUUCAACACUCUUCACACUAGCCAAAAUGUUGCCAGGUUGUGAAAUUUACUCGGAUGCAGGAAACCACGCUUCUAUGAUUCAGGGGAUUCGAAACAGCAGAGUGCCAAAGCACAUUUUUCGCCAUAACGAUGUUGGCCAUCUCCGAGAACUGUUGAAAAAAUCAGAUCCAUCUACUCCCAAAAUUGUUGCAUUUGAAACUGUUCACUCAAUGGAUGGUGCAGUCUGCCCGUUGGAAGAGCUUUGUGAUGUGGCUCAUGAACAUGGGGCAAUCACCUUUGUAGAUGAAGUACAUGCCGUUGGGCUGUAUGGAACUCACGGUGGAGGCAUUGGAGACAGAGAUGGGGUCAUGAACAAAAUGGAUAUCAUCUCUGGAACGCUGGGGAAAGCCUUUGGCUGUGUAGGGGGUUACGUGGCCAGUACAAGUUCUCUGAUAGACACUGUCCGUUCCUAUGCUGCUGGCUUUAUUUUUACAACGUCCCUGCCCCCCAUGCUCUUAGCUGGCGCUCUCGAGUCUGUGAGAAUCCUCAAAAGUGCAGAGGGGCAAGUCCUUCGCCGCCAACAUCAACGCAAUGUUAAACUCAUGAGACAGAUGCUGAUGGAUACUGGCUUCCCUGUAGUGCACUGUCCCAGUCACAUCAUUCCUAUCAGGGUUUCAGAUGCUGCUAAAAAUACUGAGAUCUGUGACAAAAUGAUGAGCCAGCAUAGCAUCUACGUCCAAGCGAUAAACUACCCCACUGUGCCACGUGGGGAAGAGCUGCUACGUAUUGCCCCUACCCCACAUCAUACACCACAAAUGAUGAACUAUUUUAUUGAGAAUCUGUUAGCUACUUGGAAGGAAGUUGGCUUGGAGCUGAAGCCACACUCCUCUGCUGAAUGCAACUUCUGCAGGCGACCCCUUCACUUUGAAGUAAUGAGUGAAAGGGAAAGAUCCUACUUCAGUGGAAUGAGCAAACUUGUGUCAGCGACUGCAUAAAGCAAACUAUAGUCCUAUCUAUGUCUAGUUGUCUAGUGUUCAAAUGUUCACUGUAGCCUCUUUCCUGCAUAUGACAUGCAUUUUAUUCCGUAGCUUAAGAACAGAAUUCCUGAAAAUAAAUUUUCAGAUGGUGUAUACUA